AUGUUGGACGAAGAACUCCAAGAGCUCAAAACAAACGGAAACGUCAAGACUAAGACCAGCACCAAGAUCAAGAAAAGCAUGAGGAAGAGCAAAAGAAUAAGUGUUGAUCCCACCGGUUUCCAUGUUUCUGAAGUUGAUCACCACAGCAAAGAAGAUGAUGAUCCUGAAGAAGUGAAUCACAGAAUCGACGCAGCUUGGAUGGCACCACGCGAUCACUCGGUCUUUGAAUUCCGAGAUAUUAGCUACAUUGUUGGGAAAAGAAAGAAACAAAAGCAGAUCCUUACCAAUGUUAGUGGACGAGUUUCUGAUGGAUCCACCGUGGCCAUUCUGGGACCUUCUGGUGCCGGAAAGACGUCUCUGCUGAAGGCUCUUUCGUUGGGGAUCACGUCGGGGGAAGUGAUGGGUAGCAUCGAGCUAAAUGGAAAGAAAUUAACUAGUCAAGGUUUCAAAGACCACUGUUUCCUGGUUGAGCAAUCUGAUCAUCACUGGUCGUUCUUGAGCUGCCAGGAAACCCUAAUGUAUGCGGCAUCGUUGCUACUUGGUCCCGGAAAUCACUCCGCCGUGGUGGAGAACGUUAUUGACAAGAUGGGGCUUCAAUCCUGCAAAGACACUAAGGUUGGUAAUGACUUUGUGCAAGGUUUGAGUGGAGGACAAAAGAGAAGGCUUUCGAUCGCCAUUGCUUUGCUGAAGAAACCGGCUGUGAUAAUGUUGGAUGAACCAACAUCCGGUUUGGACUCUGCUGCGUCUGUUGCCAUCGUGAGUGAACUGAGAAAGUUGGCCAAGAGCGAAAAUUUGAUUGUCAUCAUGACGAUUCAUCAACCUUCCACAAAGGUCUAUAAUGACUUUGAUCAAGUCAUGUUAAUGUCCAAGGGUCGACAAGCCUACAUGGGAAAGGCGGCAUCUGCACAUGAGUACUUUGAAACCAUUGGAUACCCAAUGAUGCAGAUGACCAAUCCUGCUGACUUUUUGGUGGAUCUAGUCAAUGCUGACUUUACCAGUGAAGACUCGGUGAUUGCAAUUCUGGACGAAUGGAAGCGACACUUGGCGUAUAAGACGAAAAGGUGCAAGGGUCGGAAGGUGGAAGUGGAUUCGAACGACGACUUCCAUCAGCUGAUGAGAAGGAAAAAGAGCUUCCUGCACCAAUUAUCUACAGUCUUCCGACGGCAUGGACUAUUAGUUGCAAGGGAUCCCAUUCUCUACGUCGGACGCAUUGUGGUGCUAUUGAUCUCUAACACCGUAUUCUCACUGGCCUAUUGGAGCUCUCGUGACAAAGUCCAAGAGCAGAGCAUCAACUUCUACUACGCCAAUGCCUGGCCCAUCUCACUUGGCUCAAUGUUCGCCGUGGUAGCAGUAUUCGUAUUGAAUUCCGAAUUCAAGUCUAUCAUGCGAGAAGUAAGGAAUGGCAUGAUCAAUCCAGUGACUUACAUUAUGGCGAAGACAAUACUGGUUUUGCCAGUGAUGCUACUGUUUGGUGCCGCAGCCCUCAGUACUGGUGUCUAUGCCAUUUUGGGGCUCAAGGCAAACUACGGGGUCUAUAUGGUGAUGUAUGCCAUCAGCGUUUUCGUCUUCGAAUGCAUCGCCGAAGUUCUUUCCGUCGCCUUCAUCAACCCUUUGAUGGGUAUGCUAUGCUUUCUAUCGAUCUGGUUCACCUCCUUUUUGUUUGGGGGAACCUUUCUUCCGCCGGACGAUCUUUCAGUAGUGAUACGAUGGCUCUACCAUGCCAUGCCACUGUCCUACACCUUCAACGCCAUUUCUUAUCACGUCUUCGCCGGCGAGGAGUGGCCCAGUUGUAUUCCUGAUGCAAACGCUGGAGCUGUCUGCGUUGACUUCAAUGAGUUUCCAAGGGAGGAGCCAAUCACUUUGAUCCUCGAAUCUCUUUCCAAGAUCGUACCAAAUGUAUCUGGAGAUGACAAUCGGAUGGAUGCCAUGGCUAUUAUAUUGGGCAUGGCGCUUGGUUACAAGUUUCUAUACGUUGCAAUAUUUUUGUUCAGGACCUCACAGAGCACCAAGCUACGCGGCGUUUGCGAGGAUACUUUUAUCAACAGAGAUGACGUCCAAUCGACCUAG